AUGUUCCAGACCGACAGCUUUCAUAGAUCGAGGGGGCCCUCGCAGGGCCGCAGCUACUUCAACGGCCGGGGCAAUUACGGCCGCAGCCGGCGGGAUGAGGAUUACAGGGACGACUACCGCGACGGCGGGGGGGGACGGGGCCCGAGGUUUGGCCCCAGGGACGACUACAGGGAUGACCAGUACCGGGGGGGGGACCGGGGCAGGGGAUAUGGUGGCGGGUAUGGCGGCAGGGGCGGUGGGUACGACGAUGGGUACAGAAGAGGGGGCUAUGAUGGCGACAGGGGAGGCUACAGGGGGAGGGGUUAUGAUGGAGGGAGCCGCGGGGGGCGGGGCAGGGAGAGCCACGGCUAUAAUCGGAACAAGCGGUCCGGGGACUACUGGCAGGACGGGAGGGACAACCCGAGGGAUUGGAGGGACUCCAGGGAAUCCAGGGACUCCAGGGAAUCCAGGGACCGGGGGUCGUACAGGAACCCCAGAGGGAGAGGCACUGGGAGGCAGUACUACCAGCACGACGACAGGGACUAUUAUGACAACCGGUCCAGAGGCUACCAGGGCACCAGGCCGAAUAGCGAGCCAGCGCGUAGCAACAAAUGGGAGAGGCUGCCAGGUGGCACCAACGCCCCUGUUGGCGUGGCCAAGGAUGUGUCCUUGCUGACGACGCUACCGGGACAUUCCAAGGCAGUUACUGCAGUCGCUUUCGAUGAGGGCUCUGGACGGCUGUUUACUGCAUCCAAAGAUGGAACAGUGAGGCUAUGGAGUGCUGACAGUGGAGAGUGUCAAAGUACUGUGAAAAUUGGCGGAGAGGUGGACUUAUUAUUGCUUGCAAGUGGAUUCCUGUUCAUUGGGAUGCAUGCGCCAGACAGCUCAAGAGGAGGUGAUGUGGGCUCUGUACGUGUGUUUAACUUGUCGUCCAACCACGACCAGGCUCUCCCAGCCCAUGAGGGCCCAGUACUGUGUCUACAUGGUGUGAACGAGUUCUUGUUCAGCGGUGGCCAGGACUGUAAUAUCAAUGCCUUUAAGUUCAACGCUGACAGCCAACUAUUUGACCCUGUGGGUGCCCUGACAAAGGAGCAGAAUGGACAUACUCAUCCUGUCACAGCAAUGGCUUCAAUUGCACCAACCUAUCUGUUCUCUGGGGAUAGGCAUGGAAACAUCAAGGUGUGGAAUUUGGGAGCUGGGGGGUGCACACAAACCUUGGAAAAAGCGCAUGAUAGGAGCAUCAUGAGCAUGAUCGUGUGGCAGGGUGUGCUGAUCAGUGGUGCUUUGGAUGGGACAAUCAAGGUCUGGACGCAGAGCAACAGUGGUGCCGGAUUUGUGCUGGACUCUGUGCCCAAUUAUGAGCACCAGAGACCGGGCACUGGAGGUGGACCUGCGCCAGGGGUACUGUCCAUGUGCGGCACACCUGAUGGACAGAAUAAGCCAGUGCUGAUGGUUGGUUUGACGAGCGGCAUUGUCGUUUUGUACGACCUGCCAGAGUUCCGAGAGCGAGGGGUUCUGCCAGAGGUGCAACAGCCACGAGCAUUGGGAACGGGCCCAACUGGCUUGAUGUUCACUGGGGACAAAGUUGGCCGCGGCGUGAAGAUCUGGCAAUGGGAUGGGGACUGGGACGACGAACCACAGGCUGGGCAAGGUGGUGUCGGUGAAGCCCCGAUGGAGGCUUGA